AGGCAGCAGCACAGACACCCCCUGUCCCAUCAGCUGCCUUAGUGGAACUCGGGGGGAGACCCCUGCCAUGAGCCCCCCCCGAGCUCCCCACGGGGCAGGAACAACAGCAGCCGGGCUGAGCACGUGGAGCACGGCCGGUGGGGGGCAUCUGGCUCGGACGCCCCCCCCAUCCCCUUACAGCCACGCCGGUUCCCUGCCCCCCUCGGUGCCAGUCGUCCCCCCCCGCGCUGCUCAGCCCUGGGAGGGGGGGCCAGGCCAAAGGCCGAUGCAGCUGCUCCUCUCUUGCCUACACUCAGAGCCCCCCCUGCUGGGAGGAGCCCCCCCAUCCUCACUCCCAUGCCCAGGUGCCCAUGCCCCUCCCACCAGCUUCCCCCAUCAGGUGGCUUGGGUCAGCACCAACCUUCCCCGCCGAGCCUUCAGCCCCUUUGCAGUGAAGUAGCCCCCCUCUCUUAUACAGAUGGGGAAACUGAGGCACAGAGUGCCCAGGGCCAGCCUAUCACUCUCAGCACUCACUGGGCACAACUCCCCUUGUGGCACCGAGGCCAGGGGCUCGACAGGGACCCCAUGAGGAGUGGUGGCUGGACCCUGGGGUACAGGGGAAUUGGGGGCAUCCAGGGAGCCCCUCACUCCCCUCCCCUGCGUUCAUUGUUGUCCAUUUCAGGCCUCACUCCCAGUCCCUCCGUGCCCACAGCACACUCAGCCGAGGGGCCCCACGCAGGGAGAUCUCUGCCAACGCCUUUGGGCCCUAGGUUCACCCUGGGAAGGCCAAACCCAGGCAUCUGGCUGCCCCGUGGACCCAGCAGCUCACUCCCUGCCGAGGAGGCUGGCUGCGGGGCGCUGACCAACGAGGGACGCCAGAGGUGCCAGCUGGCAUCCCGCUGGCCAGGGCAGAUGAGUGGGUUCCUGGCCCAGCCUGGAAGCCUGGCUAUGCCGAGUGAAGAUCACAGCCAAACUCCUCAGGGGCAACCCCCCAACAUCCCCCAGCUCCCCCUGCCCCAGGAGCGUGGCACUAACGCGGCCUUGUGCCCCUCUCCACAGUCAAUGACAAGCGGUACUGCGAGUUGGGCUUCAGUGCCACCAUCACCCACGCUGGCAGGCUGGUGCUGGGUGCCCCGGGAGGAUACUACUUUGUGGGGCUGAUCUACGCGGC